UGGAUCACAGUGAUGGUAGUGUUCAGGCUACUGGUGAUCAUUGGUGUUGGCUAUCCUCUGUACCAAGACGAACAAAUGAAAUUCACUUGUGAUACCAUGCAGCCAGGAUGCUCCAAUGUGUGCUACGAUGCCUUCUUCCCUGUAUCCCACUGCAGAUUUUGGUUUGUGCAGGCCAUCGCGCUCUGCUUGCCUUUAGCUUUUUACACCCUCUAUGUGAUCCACAGGAUGCCAAUGCAAAACGCAAAAGCAAGCUCUAUCCUGUGUCUGCAGAAUCCGGCUGAAGCGUCGUCAACCGGAAAAGAGCCUCUGGGAAGUGCUUCCUUGACUAGGAAAAGCCAGGAGACAAAUCUCCAUUUGACGGACAGCCACGAGGAAGCCAAGGUUGCAACUGAAGACCUCAGAGUAGAUCAAAGAAUUCUUAAUUUCUGUGAGGCAUAUGUGCUUCAGUUACUUCUGAGGACUUUGUUGGAGGCAGGAUUUGGUGUUGGCCAAUAUUACUUGUUUGGCUUUUUUGUCCCAAAUCGGUUUGUCUGCUCCAGUUAUCCAUGUGCCAACAGAGUGACCUGUUAUCCCUCCAGGCCCACUGAGAAAACAUUGCUGGUUAAUUUUAUGUUUGGAGUCACUGCAUUUUCCUUUCUCCUGAACUUUGUGGAUCUGAUUUAUGUAAUUAAGCAGACAGUCAAACAAAAUAAGAAGAAUAAGUUGCAGAUGAAACAUUUUUAUCAAGCAGAGUCGUAUCAUGACAUUCCAAGUGACACCCACAGGCUUCCUGAAUUCAAAGUAGCCCAAGAGCAUGAAAUGCAUGUGAGGGAAAGGCGAGAGAGUGGUGCAAGUGUAGACAGUGGAGGAAAAACUUGCAAGGUGGGGCAGGAGGAAGGUACUAAUGUACAUUCAGAGGUGCUGUCACAGGACGUGGCUCUCUCUAACACCAAUAGCAACAACACACAUCUCACUGUGCACGCAUCAAGCCCUGCUUCUACAGGAGGAUCCCCUGACAGCAAGUUGGUUGUCUUUGAGAAGGGACAGAGGACGUGUCCUCAUGCCUUCAGCAGCUAUGCAGCCCAUGUGCCGGGUCAGCAAGGCUCCAGAUUACAGCAGCACAUGCCUCCGAAACCUGCCCAAACUCCACUGAGCAACAGUCAGCUGAUUGAGGAGUAUAGGCUUGUUCAUAUGCGAGUCACAGACAGCCAGUCAAAUUGCAGCAAAGGCAGCAGGAAAAAGAAAUCUGAGUGGGUUUAGUAACAGAAAAUAAAAAAAAGCAUCCUGAGCAUGAAUUAGAGGGCAACCACCAUUUGCUGAAAUACUUAAUGCAUUUGCAAUGAUCUUAAAAGUACUUUGAUUAGUGGUGUGCAGUGUAAGAGAUAAGAAUGCGAAUAUUUUAACUUAUUUGCUACUAAAUAUAUACCCGGGUUGGGAGGCAGUAGGUGGCAUUAUUUCCCACCAUUCUGAGGAGUAUAUCAGGGGCUGCAGUAACAGAGCCUUCUGGUGGAAUUGAAUGGUUGAAUGGUAACCUGAUAAGUGCAUUCUAACCUAUACCUUCUGAAUGGCUGUGAAGAGUGGCUUUGAAUACCAACAUAAAUCCACAGUUCUAAUUGUACAUUCAACAUCUUGUAUGUCCCACAAGUGAAUCUGAAAGUUUUAAAAUUUAACACAAAUGCUAUCAUGUACUAAAUAUGGCACUUAAAAUGUAGUGGGGGCCACAACUCUAACUCCUCUCUCUCCCAGUGCAUAUUGGAAAGGCCAGAAUCCAUCAACUGAAGGCUGGCAACCUAUUCUAUGGACAGAGCUAUAAGUGGGACAGAUAUAUCAGAGGCACUACUUUUAAUCCACCUACUAGUAGGGGAUAUGAACAAAACCAUUCUUCUAGAAAGACCUCAGAGGCCUCCCUGAGUGAGGGACAUCCUAUGAUUCCAAAGGGACCCUUUAAUGUUUGGUAAUAAUUGAAUUGGUGUCAUGGCGUUGUGAGGCAGCAGUGCCAACCAACUUUUAAAGGGAUGUAAAGGAUUGUAAUUCCCAUCUACCCUGGCAAUAUGCCCAGACAUGAUUCUAUGAGAAAAUGUUCUGGACAAAAAGAAGUCUGGUAAAUUGUAGAAGCAUCAAUACCAGAUAAAAUCCAAGUACAAUCUUGUCCUAUCUUUUGUUUCAGAUCCAGUUGCAUACCAGCAUACAACAGCAAAUCCCAGAAAAUACAGUUAUCAAACAUUCAUGUUACUUGCAGAAAAUCCUUAUAUUCGGUGUUUCUGUCUCACAUUGUUAUCUCCUCGUUGAGUUUAAGAAGCUCAGACUUGUGAAUUUAGGAACCCAGCACCCCCUCCACCCCCCUACAGUGAUAAAUUUGUCGAUCACUUUGAUGGACAAGAAUUUUCUUUCCUUGCCAUGAGUUACAACAGAAUCAAUUGCUGGUGGCCCAACCUUUUCUAUAUUGCCUGUUUUUUGACCAUGUUUUUCUGGGGCUGACUGAAAAUUAUGCUAUGUGAAGUCCUAGGCUUUUAAUAGGUGACUCACUGGUCACAUUGCCUGACUAAACAUCAUGAUUGUGCGCUGGGCUCUGUCCCACACCUUGCUGGUCCUCACCUUCUGAGCCAUUGUCCUAUAGUCUGGGUCUUUCUGCCUGCUCUGUCGUUACUAGUCUUCACGCACAUUAGUAGAGGUGGUCCGAUCCAGAUAUCACAUUAGCCAAAACUUAUUGGCUUCUCACUUAGUUUUGCACAACUCCCCAAUUUGAAGUCCUUUAGUAUUGCCCUUGGAAUGUACAACCAGUUAUUUAGAGUCAUAAGUGAGAGAUGGCGAAUUGGGGAUAUGGUCUCCCCUCCCACUUUUUUGGCAUGGUUAUGCAACUUGGCAGAAGAUCUGGGGAACAAAUUCUCACAAACACUCCCACAUCCUGUACAUUCAAAUUGCAAUGAAAUGUUUGGAAUAAUCUAACAGAAAGAGUAAGCCAAGAAGCAAAAACAGGAAUUUUGAAUAUACUCAGUCGCUCAGUUAUCUAUUUUCAGUUUGAACGACACAGUUAACUUGAUGACCUUUCAAGUGCAAGUUAUUAGAGAAAAUUCAAAAUGUACUCAGAUCUUAGUCACAUGAUUUUUCCUUGCCUUUGAUAUUUUUUUUCUUUCUUGUCACAGCUUUAAGUUUUAAAAGGGGCUUCUGAUAAUGAGGCAUCCUCUUUAAUUUAGAUUAUGAAAUGCCUUUUGAGAAAUUGAUUUUUUUUGGUAUUUUGGCCACUGCAAAAUUAAGAGGGAAGAGGAGAAAGAAGAAUUCCAUCAUGGUUGAAUUCUAAAACAUUGCAUAUGACCCUUCUCCAUCUGCAAUGAAAGCAUUAUAUGGAGCAUUAUUCUUUUCAGGAAAGUCUAAGAUAUCAUGCUUGACCCAUGAUGCCAGGGAGGGAGGGUUUGUGGGGAAUUCCCAUUGGCUUGAUGCUAGGUAAGUGAAAUCAAACAACAUUCCUGUUCUCAGUAUUGUGAAUUAGACAAUAGACAAUAGGUGUAGGAGUAGGCCAUUCAGCCCUUCGACCCAGCACCACCAUUCAUUAUGAUCAUGGCUGAUCAUCCACAAUCAGUAUCCUGUUCCUGCCUUAUCCCCACAACCCUUGAUUCCACUAUCUUUAAGAGCUCUAUCCAUCUCUUUCUUGAAAGUAUCCAGAGACUUGGCCUCCACUGCCUUCUGGGGCAGAGCAUUCCUUAUAUCCACCACUCUCUGGGUGAAUUCUAUGGGAAAAUGCUGAUAUGUGGUUGGUCACUGGAUGGGGAUGAAGGGGUCAGAGUAAGGAAAUGGGAGUGGUUGUAGCUGUCAUGUGCCCCUUGUCCAUAUUAUUGCAUAGCUUGAGAUACUCAACUGUUGAGUCUCAAGUACAAAGAAUGGACACUUAGGCAAGUGGGGUGAGAUUAGCAUAAGUUAGUUAUUUCAGUUAACAGUAUGGAACAGAUUUUUUUUUAAAAAAGUGAUUGUAAAAAGAAGAGCUGUGUUUAUUUGUGAAAUAUUAUGGAAUACAUAAUUAAAUCUUUUAUUUGAGUUGGUGUAACUGAAAUAGCCACAAGUAAAUGGCAUAGUUUGGGUCCAUCUUAUAGCUGUUGAUAUAAGAAUAUAUAUAAAACACCAGAGCAGGAUAGUGUAGACAUUUGAAAUUGAUAUGCUGCAUUUUGUAUUAAGCAGAUUGCCUAUCUAUUUUCUGAUAAGAUGGCUGUUGCAAUAUUUUGUAUUUGGAUUUCUAACAGCUCAGUGAGAUGUAAGAUUGUGAAGCCUUUGGAAAGCAAAGAAUAGAAUUGCAUUGGGUCAUUGAGACUAAUUUUUGCACCGGGUAGCUUACUGAGUCUUCAGUUUCUUAUGCUAUAAGUAGAAGAUCAGUCAUAAUCCUGUUGAAUUCCAGAGCAUGUUCAAAGGGCCUGAUGGUCUACUCUGCUCUUAUUUCUUAUGUCAGGACUUGUGCAAUGUCAGAUACCCAUCAGAUGGGCGUUCCUUGCGUAAUUUUGCAUAGAACUAUGUUAGAUCUUUUGGUAAAGUCUGUGAAGUUCUCUUUUUCACUCCUGCUGCACCCUUCUUUCUAUCUCGCUUUCCGUUGCUGUUCUAGUAUUUUUAAUUGCCAUCCCAGUGUCCCUCUUAAAUUCACCACUGCCCGCUUUAGCAGUUUUUACAUCUUGAAUCUUUGUAAAUCUUUUAUCAGCUUGAAGGUUAAUGAAAGAUUUGAAAAAUGCUACAGAACUCAAGCUGAAACAUGUUAAAAUAUUUCUUCUGCUCUUCUUAGUCAGAUGGUUAACAUAUUCCUCUUCUGUACCCUAAAUAACAAUAGUACUGCAGCAAUUCAAUAGUAAUUCACAAGUACUGAUGUUUUUUGGAGAAUCCUGAGGUGGAUUGAGUUUAGUAUAACCCAAAAUGGCUUUUAUACCACAGUCUGUUAUCUGGGUACUCCUGGAGGAUACUAUAUCAUCUUUCUAAGAAACUUUAGUAACCCAUCCUGACCAAAAAUUCUACAUUAAUACUUUCUGAUCUCCAAAGGCAAUUGAGUAAAAAGUCAUGAAGGGCUUAGUAUAGAAAUUAGAACCAGAGUUUCCAGUAUUGAUGUUAAUAAACUGUAGUAUGCACAAGAGAUAAUAAGUUUGGCACUCUCUUUCCCAAGCAAGAAUUGACACUAAAUCAAUUGUUCAUUUUAAAAUCUGAGUUUAGUUAAUAUUCGUUAACCAAAGGAAAUAAGAGCAAUGGGGCAAAGGUGGGUACAUGAGGUUAGGUUGCAGAUAAGUAAACAUCCCAAUGACUGGUAGAAUAUUCUCAAGGGGCUAAAUAGACUUGUCUUGUUCUUGUAUUUGUAGAAUGCCUUAUUCACCCCCAGUCUUCAACUAUUUAACUUUGACUUGUCGACCUCCACAGGCAACUCCCUUCUUCCGCAAACCCAGCUACACAGGAACCAUCAAGCCCCAUGGACUAUUAGAUCAUCUUAAUCUGUAUUUAUUCAUGUAAUUUUUUGUUGCAUUUUUAACAUAAUACUUCUGUAGUUUUAUUUGAAGAAAUGAACAAUUUUGACAGAGGUCUAUUUCACUUAUUCAAUGUUUUGCUUGCAAAACAGUAACUUUACAAAAGUUAUUAACUGACUGUGAUGUCCUUUGGGUCGUUUGCUAAGAUGCCAUUUAAAAAUAAACCUCUGUACAGGAAAGGAACAUUUGAUCCUCAGGCUUACAUGAGGUUUUUUCAUUCUAAACCUGUUUCCUAAAGUUGAGUCGUCACAAUCUUGGCUGGCCGUGCUCAGUAGCAUUUCAACUCUCUUGAUCGUGUGGCUCCUUUAUUUUCCUCUCAACAUGAAUGCAACUCUAAUACUUACAUGGAUUGUUUUGACAUCUUACAGCAAUCCUGAACGAUCUGCUCCAAGCCAUCUCCAGUAUCUUUCUGACAUUUUGAAGGUGUGGUGUGUGAAAAAGCAUACAAAAUUGAAACGGUAGCCUGGAUAAUUCACCCUUGUAUGUUAGGACAUCAAAUACCUUGAGCUGGCUGUAGCGACACUGUCUAUUCAAUGUAGGUGAAGUACUGUAAAGUUACGAUAAGGUGGAUUAUGCAGACUUGAACAAAUUCACAUUUAAAAAAAAUGAUUUGUUGCCUUGUACCAUUAAAUAAGUUGUAACUGUUUUAAUAGAAGUUUGGCUUAGUG